GCGUUGCGGGCGCAGCAGUUGAAAAGCGUACGCCGUGAGCGACAGACACGCCGCAGUCGAUCCGUUCGAGUUCGCUCCACACCGCUCUGUUCCGCUUCGAUCCGUAACCCCACCCGUGGAUCGAUCCUCCGGACGGAUAAAUCACAGCCGGCGGAGUUCACUUAGCCAAAACCCAAAAAGGUGACCCAGUAGGUCAGCCCAACCGGAGUUGACCGUACCCCACCGUGAGUGUGCGUGCGUGUGUGUAGAGAAAGUGGCGGCGAGAGGCAGUACGUGCCGCCAACAGAAUUUUCCGAGUGUGCCGGGUAACGUGAGACGGGAAUUUCAGGCGAAAAAACAACCUGAAAUCCAUUUGCCGCAAUUUGAGGAACCAGAAGCAGCGACAACGACAUGUGUAAACGCUAACGAGCCCGAAAGCGCGAACAAUUUGAUUGAUUUUGAUUGACAUGCCACUCAGCGCAUGCCACCCACUACGAAAAAGUGACUGAAAAUAACACAGAGAGAGGGGGGGGGCAAAAAAUAAACGAAAAACUUGAGUAACAAUCGCCACGAACACAAGCCACCACAAAUAUUCACUAAAACUCAAACAAAGAGCAAACAAAUAUUGAAACGCGUAUCAAGCACUUUCGGGUCUAAAAAAUAAUUGCCUUAAGGGCUGUCAGCGAAAGUGCCAACAAAACUGGGAAAAAUAGCCACCCAACACAGGCCCAGGAAACAAAAUGCAAUCAAAUCAAGGCCCAUAAAAACCGCACAAAACAAGCUCGCAAAAAAUCAUACAAAAUAAUAAUAAAAAUCCACAGCAUCAGGCGGCUAAUCAACUACAACAAAAUAACCGAAAAAAUAUAUACAAAUAUCUAAAAAAAAAAAAAAAAAACGCUGAGUUGGGCAACUGUUUUUUUUCGGCAUCACAGUCAGAUUUCCCACUCCCCUUUUGCUGUGUCAGUGUGUAGUGGUCUCUUUUAUUGUAUAUGUAUUUGUGUGCCGCCUGCGUAUGAAAAAAGGAUAAAAUAUGCCGGCAUUGAUUUUCUUCGGCGACAACAACUACAACAACAGCAACAGCAUCAGCAUCAUCAGCUAAACAGUAACUGCCAUAAUAAGAAACGAGAAAAGUUGCAGGAAUCGAGGGUAAACUUUUUCGGACAUUUUCGGUUACUUUUUGGACAACUAAGCUGCGGAUGAUUAAAGCGAUAAUAAGAUCCGCAAAAUACUGGGAAAGCUCUUAAAAGAUUCAUUGCGACACUUGACCACACAGCGGAGUGAGCGAUAAUGGCGCCAAAGGAAUUCAAUGAAUCAGAUUUAAUUCCCCAAGAAAAUCGCUGCAAAACGAACAAUUGUUGGAGAAUAAUGAGGCGAAAUCGCAUUAGGUGCGGCAGCAUCUGCGAAAGUCUCUAAUUGUCAAUGGCUAAAUAAUUGAGGGCCGAGAGCAAAGGAAGCGAACGGAGGGAAAACGAACAGAACGUAAUAGCAUUAAGGAAAAAUCCAAACGAAAAUCACUUUAAAUGCUAAACAGCUGGUUGCCGGCGGAGGCGAUAUAAAAACAACAUAAAACGCCUUCGGCCCUUUAAGCGUCCAUUAAAAAUUUAAUAACUUUGCCCCGGACCAAAUGCAAUUUUGUGAAAUUUUCUAGCAAAAUUAAUUAGUCGAACAAUCCAUCAAGGCCGGACCUUACCAUAGCCAGCGCCAGCAAAUUAUGCUGGCUAUCCCGAAGGCUGGUCCGCAAAAAGGUACAAAAUCCCGCAGAGAAGGAAGAAGCAACGUGAACGUGACCAUCCACAGUUUGGGCCGAGGAUAUUUCAUCCAGACCGUCCUUUGGCCCAGCUCACGUGCGUGGCCUAAGCUGGCAAAAUAUUGACCAGGCCGACAGAUUCGGGCCACGGGGGCGGGGGGCAGACGGCCGAAGCCCAACACUUCAAAGGCCGCAGCGAAUGUAAUUUUAAUCAAAAAUUGCUCAGCCCCAAGGAAUCCCAAUACAGGAAUUGAGGUCGCUAAUCCUUCUUAAAGGCAAACGAAGGCGGCAUUUAACGACACACAAAACAACUUCGACAAGAACUCGCGGCAAAUGCAUUACAUUAUAAUUUCAUUAAGGACAAAAGGCUUGCUCUGAAACAACGUAGCAGGGAGAUAAAGCAGGCAGAAAGGAGAGCGGAGAAAGGAGAAAAGAGAACGGAGAAAGUGAGAAAGCCGCAAGAGGCGACAAUAGCCUCCAAGCCCAUUGGCAUUGCCUACUUGUGGGCGCUGUCAAGCGAUAAUCAAGAGCCAGGCAUUUUUAUGAAAUUAAUACAAAAGCGGCGGCUGAAGGAGUAGAAGUGGAAGCGGAAGUGGCAGCGGCAGCGGCAGCGGAAGUGGCAAUGGCAGCCAUGACAAAAGCACCGGCGACAGGACAAUGAUGGGCGGCCCUCUGACAGCGAUUAAAGUGGAAAAGGCGCUGCUUUUAUGGCCCGACACAGCGUCGAGUAGACGUGACCGCGUCCGAUCGGCUAAUAAUAUUUGCCCGCUCCACAAACUGCGCUGCAUAAACUGACAUGCAGAUGCCAACGUGAGCCAGCUGUCGAUAAUCAUUACUUGAGCGUUAGAGCUAAGAGAGAAAGCAAGAGAUACAGAGAAGUUCCCAAAACACUAAAAGGCAGUGGCACAAUGAGGUGUCUGCAGUUUCUGGUACCCCUUUUGGCCGUUUUGGCCCUCAGUCGAGCCUGUCCGCCCGAGGUGUGCGUGUGCAAGUGGAAGGGCGGCAAGCAGACGGUUGAGUGCGGCGGCCAGCAGCUGGCCAACCUGCCCGAGGGCAUGGAUCCGGGCACCCAGGUGCUCAACUUCAGCGGCAACGCGCUGCAGGUGCUGCAGUCGGAGCGCUUCCUGCGCAUGGAUCUGCUCAACCUGCAGAAGAUCUAUCUGUCGCGCAACCAGCUGAUCCGCAUCCACGAGAAGGCCUUCCGUGGGCUGACGAACCUGGUGGAGCUGGACCUCAGCGAGAAUGCGCUGCAGCAUGUGCCCAGCGAGACGUUCCAGGACUACAGCUCCCUGAUGCGCCUCUCGCUGAGCGGCAAUCCCAUCCGCGAGCUGAAGACGUCCGCCUUUCGCCAUUUGGCCUUCCUCACCACCCUCGAGCUGUCCAACUGCCAGGUUGAGCGCAUCGAGAACGAGGCCUUCGUGGGCAUGGACAAUCUGGAGUGGCUGCGGCUGGACGGCAAUCGAAUCGGUUUCAUCCAGGGACCGCACAUCCUGCCCAAAUCGCUGCACGGCAUCAGUCUGCACAGCAACCGUUGGACCUGCGACUGCCGCCUGCUCGACAUCCACGCCUGGCUGGUCAACUACAACACGCCGCUGGCGGAGGAGCCCAAGUGCAUGGAACCGGCGCGACUCAAAGGCCAGGUGAUCAAGGGCCUGCAACGCGAGCAGCUGGCCUGCCUGCCCGAGGUGAGUCCGCAGUCCAGCUACACGGAGGUGAGCGAGGGGCGCAACAUGUCCAUCACGUGCCUGGUGCGGGCCAUACCGGAGCCCAAGGUGCUCUGGCUGUUCAACGGCCAGGUGAUGAGCAACGAUAGUUUGGUGGACAACCUGCACAUGUACUACUACAUCGACGAGACCAUCGGCGGCAGUGGCGCCGAGGAGAAACGCAGCGAGAUCUUCAUCUACAAUGUGGGCGCCGAGGACAAUGGCACCUUCUCGUGCGUGGGCCAAAACAUAGCGGGCACCACCUUCAGCAACUACACCCUGCGGGUGAUCGUCAAGGAGCCGCCGGUGGUCAAUGAGGUCUCUUUUCCCAGGGACUACAUGAACUACAUUGUGGCCAGCAGUGCCGGCGGCGGCAUCAUCUUUGUGGUGCUGCUCUGCACCAUUGUCGUGAAGUGUAAGCGCGUCUCGGAGCCGGCCAAGCAGCGGAAGAAGUGCGACCAGGUGACGAGCAUAGCCGGCGGCACGGACUCCUCCGCCGGCAGUGGUCAGGACACGGGCAUGGGCAUGAUGAAGUGCGCCUCCAUUCUGAACGAUGGCGGUGAUAGUUUGAGCGGCAAUGCCGGACUUCUCAUGGGCGAUACACUGACGCCCACCAAGGCGGUGAAUGGAGCAGCUGGCGGAGGUGGUGGCAUUAUCCUGGGGAACCAGAUGAAGCAGAACCUGCUGCUCUACACCACGCCCAAUCCCGCCCAGCAGCAGCAGCAACAGCUUCAGCUAAAUGUGAACCUGAUGGGACCUGGACCGGGCUCACCGCCGCUGCUCCUCAGCAAUGGGCAUGGCCUGGCGGCGGCCUACUGCUCGCCACCCGCCUCCCUGCGCAACUACCAGGAGAAGAAUCCCGACUUGGUCAACGAUGCGGAGAGCGUGAAGCACAAGCUCAAGACGGCGGUGAGUUUGGACGGAGCCGGGGAGUACGAGACGCAGAGCGAUUGUGGCCAGUACGAGGGCUGCUACCAGCUGGCCACCGCUCCACAUCCUCACCAGGGUCAUCAGGGUCACCAGCAUCCUCAUCCGGUCCACCCACUGAUGGGUCGAUUUGCCCAGGCCAUGACCACAUUGCCGCGCGGCAUGCAACUGAAGCCAGCCCCCCACCAGGUGGACGUGCAUCUGAACCCAGUCUGCUUCCUGGGUCAGGAUGGAUCCUUUGCCUACGACUACAGCAGUGCCCAUCUGGUGCAGCAGCCACCGCAGCAGCAGCAGCAGCAGGUGCAGCCCGCCAGCAACUUUUAUCGCACGCUGCCACACAACAGGUUGCACAAGCAGCAGCAAUUCCAGGCGGCGGCAGCGGCAGGCCAACACGUGGGUGGCGGCAAUCCCACCCUGCGCUACAGCCUUGAGGCCGAGUUCAUCCAGAGGGGUCCCACGGUGAGCUACGAGAAGUACCAGCUGCCCAAUGUCCGCUUCACGGCGGAGGGCUAUCCACAGCAGCAACAGCAACAGCAGCAACAGCAGCAGCAGCAGCAACAGUUGCAGCUGCAGCAGCAACAUCAGUUCCCCUCGCCGCCAGAGGGCUACAAGAGCGAUCUGACGGUGAUGCCGGCGCCGUUUCAACAGUGGCCCAGUUGCCUGCCCGGCUACCGCUUUGCCCAGUCGCCCACCAGUCAGCCGGCGGUGGCCACGCCCCCGCCACCGCCAAUAGUGGCCCCACCGCCAGCUGCCAACGGCAGCAGCAGCACAUCAACCAUCCCAGAGCUGGACGAAAGCGAGGCGAGUUCGCCGCGCGUCGAGGAGGCAGCCUGCUCGACAACAACGCCACCUGGCGGCGGUGAGGAGAACAACCCGGACAGCGGGAAGCUCAAGCAGCUGAAUGGCCCGCUGGCCGACAGUCCCGACGAGGGCUACGUGGGCGACGGCCAGGAGACCAGCGACAUCUGACCCAGCCAGCAGUCGAGCAGCCAGGACGAAGCGGCCUUAGACGAUUCAGUGGCCCUGUAAACGGCCAGGCUGAUCAGCACAAAUCACUCAUAGCCUAGGUUCACUCUUCACAUGCUUCCGUCCCCUGAUUUCGCACACUGUUCCCCUUCCCCCACCCCCUCCCUUCUGUUGGCCUGCCCGCAAAGAAACCAGCAAGCAAACAAAAGACAGACCCAAGUUUAACCCAAUAAUUGGCAGGAGAGAGCUCGAGUUGCGAGUUGCGAAAGGAAGAAGGCCCAGAAAACCAAAUAAAAGGCGCAGGGCAACUUUGCACACAACCGAAUGGGAAAUACCACAGUUGAGACUUUUGUUUUUUUUUUUUAUGAAUUUGUAUACGUAUUUCCGAUAGCCUCUGUUAUUAUAAACACUUGUAAUUUUGAUAGUUACAAAUUUAAUUCUAUGUUUAUACAAAUUGAGGCUUUUUUCAGAAGAUUGCAAGCACCACUUCGCCACUUUUCCGCAGGACUCCUUGCGUUUAGGGUAUUUGGCAGCACAAUAGACGGGGGGGACCUAACCUAAUAAAGCCGAAAAACAAAGACGCCGCUAAACAAAAGCCUCUUGUCGUUGUUUGUUUCUGUUUGCUGCGUGCUUCGAGUGGCAAGCUGGCAGCAUUUUAUUUCCGCAGAUGUAAUUGAAAAACUUUUUCAUUUAAUAUAAAGUUUUCAGCAGCUUCCCCGCAGCACAAUGGCCCAGAGAGAAAGAAAGAAAGAAAGAAGAAAGCGAAUGGCGCUGGUGGGGGAGGGGGAGCGGGGGUGGUUAGGCUUGAAGAAAUCCCAGGCCUACGACUAGACAUGUGUGGGUCCCAGUGUUUCUGCCGAUUGAGUUGUCGUGCUCUCGCCGGCGUUGUUAGUUGACAAUCGACGGGGAAGGGGGAGGGACCACCGCCCACCCCUUUUGGAACCACUUCACAGGGUUCCAAACCGGUGGCUCACUUCAGAGCCAAGUGGCAUGUGUUUUCGCCAUGGCGACACCUGCUCCACGCGACACAAAGGACUCGGGAGUCCGGACUCCAAACUCAAGGACCUUUCACAGCAAAGGACCAAGUCGAGAAUUCCGGCCGAAAAUCGCGAGUGGCAUUAAGGGCUUCCCCUUUGUAGUGUGCUCUAGUUUAUGAAAUUUUAAUUCGGGCCACAUCCGCUCCAGUGUUGUAUUUGAAUAAUUUAUUGCCUUUAAGCAAUCCUUUUUCGCCCAUUUGAUUCUCCCGCCUUAAGUUUGUUGUAUCGAAUCGAACAGACGACAUGAACACAAGUGUUUCCGGGUAACAUUAAAGUAGAUAUCGUAAAUUAGAGCGGCUAGCAUUGUAAGAAACUAACUAAAUAUAGGCUAAACCCAACCGUUUGAGACUUGUAUGUAAAUGUAGCUAUAGAAAUCGUUAAAACGGAGCCCAAGCUUUCCCUUUUAACGUGAAUGUUCUGUAAGGUGUUCAAGACUUUGUAACAUAAAUUGAAAUGAAAUCGAGAGCAGAUGAGUUUGCAAAAUGCUUGCAAAGUGUUUUGAAGAAUGUAAAAAACAAAAAACAAACAAUGAGCAAUGGGAAAAAUGCAUGUGAGGAAGAGAGGGCAGAAGCAAUCAUUUAAGCACAGUAUGGAAUAUUGUAAAUUGCAUAAAUAAAUCAUUAGACGUAAGAACAAAGCAAACACUAACACCUGCAGACACACUCACACACCCUAACACACUCGUACUCAGAAUGAUUUGUGUAUGAAGCAAACGAUUAAGUUUUAUGUUCACCAAGUGAGUUAGUUGGCAAGAUGCACAUAAAGGAAUAUAGCAGCAGAAACUAAAUUAACAAAGCAAAAAUACCACUCAAAACAAUUUUAGCCUAGCAAACUGUUUAAAUCUCAGCGCAAAAACACAGACACACUCAACGGUAUAUUAAACAAAAGAACUGCCUGCUGGCAAAUUAAUUUUAAAUAUUAUAUGGCAUACACUACAAUAUAAAGAGAAUGUUUAGCAUUAAGUUAAUGGUUAGGCCAGGCAGAACAUAUACGCAUAAACCGAAUAUAAAGGGCCAUAAACGGUCGCAGAACAUUUAACGGAUGUCAGAGUUGGAUGAUGUCGGAUGAAGAACAAUGGGAGGACACACAAUCUAGUUAUAAAUUAGUUUUCUAAGUUAAAUUAAAAUUAAAAUGCAUAAAGAUAAUAACAACAAACGCAAAGUGUAAAAAGUAUAAGAGAGAAAUUAAACCGAAUAAAACGCAUUAAACUGAAGAAUUUAAUAAAAACUAAA